AUGCCAGACGCAAACCCCCCAAUAAUCCAAACAACAGCCAAGCAACCCAAACCAACCCCCCGUCCAACCCGCCUUACAGUCGAUACUCUUCUUACUGUGCUUUCCAAGUCACUGUUUAAUCCUUUCAUCGCAUGGAUUCUGGUCCUGUGCUUACGUGCCCACGUAACGCCUCAAACAGACCCUGCCUGGAUCCUGACUGUGACCUACGCAAGUGUGCUGACCGUCGUGUUCGUCGGGCGAGGCAUUAAUCAUCGCAUUGCGUAUGGGUCGCCGCGCACAGCCUCUGAGGAUGAGGUGGUGCUCGUCACCGGUGGGGCGAGUGGGUUGGGAUUGUUGAUUGCGCAGAUUUAUGCAAUGCGCGGGACGAGUGUGGCAGUGCUUGAUAUCAAGGAGCUUGAUGGGGACGCCAGUGAGAUUUUCGGGGACGGGGUUUUAUAUAUUGCUUGUGAUGUUACAGAUCGGGGAGCUUUGGAGACAGCCAAGGAAAAAAUUGAGAAAGUGCUAGGAAGGCCAAGUAUCAUUAUCAACUGUGCUGCGGCAAGGAUCAAUGGUCUUCCGCUACUCGAGCUGUCGGCUGGCGCGUUCGAAAAGACCAUCCGUACCAAUAUCCUCGCGGCAUUCCAUCUCUACCAACUUUUCUUGCCUGGCGUCGUUGCUGCAGAGAAUGGAGGCACCCUUGUGACCGUCAGCUCCGUGCUUGGCCACUUGACUGCGGCGGGUCUAUCGGACUAUGCAGCAAGUAAAGCUGGGCUGAGUGCGCUGCAUCGAACGAUAGAAGCGGAGAUGCGAGGAUCGCCGAUAAAGACACUACUGGUAGAGAUCGGACAGAUGUCCACGCCGCUUUUUGAUUGGGUUCAGGCGCCUAACCAAUUCUUUGCGCCAGUCUUGGAACCGGUCGAAGUUGCCCGAGAGAUGGUUGCCGCGAUUGAUGGUGGUCGAGGUGGAGUGAUCAGAUUGCCCGCAUAUGCAACACUUGUGAAUUGGUAUGUCGUGUUACCCGCCGCAGUGCAACGGAUCGCGAGGUAUCUGAGUGGGAUAGAUGCCGCGGUGACUCAAAGUCGGCAAAUAUCUCCAAAAGUAGACUGA